AUGGACCGCAUUCCGCUGAGACUGAGUCUCACCCAGAAGGCGCCGCGUGGAGGCAGCAGUCCAGGCCUUCCGGCUAAGGAUCUUGAUUGGUUGCGUUAGCAAAUCAACGAAAACAUCGUCCGACCCCAGUAAAUCGUUCAUCCGACUCGCGGCGGCUUACGCGACUUGGCCUGUUCUAUCGUGAGGCAGAGAGAGGCAAGUUGGUAGAGAGAAAGUUGGCAGGGAAAUCUAGUUUUCUCUUCAUUCAGAUUUUUAAUUAACUCUACAAAUAUCUUUUUUUCACACUGAUAGCAGUUAAAUUACAAGGAAACGCUUUUUUCAGGUACUUUUUAAAUCUUUCUCUAACUGUGGCCGCGAAAGCAUUCAAAAAUGGUAAUCAAAGUUAUUGGGCAAACAUGAAAAUUUUUUUCUUCCCUUUUUCAUAAAAUUUUUAUUCACUUAUAAGUUGUUUGUUAAUUAAAAAACCACCCUGAAAGGUUAGCGCUUCAGCAAAAAUGCAUCAAAAAAAUGCUUCUCCAGUUUCUCUCUCGAGAAAUGAAAAAAGGACAGUAAUAUUCUCAUCUCUCGCAAAAAUCUAACAGAAUUAUAGAAAGUAAGAGAUCUUUUUUUCCACGCACUUGAAACAUGAACUUUAUUAAUAUUUCGCUUUUUCAAAUAUAUCGAAAUGACCUGACAUUAGGAGUCCGUCCGAUUGCCGAUUAAACGCUCAUUUUGAAGAGCUCGGCUCUAAACUUUGGCUUUGAAGCGUUUGAAAAACUGAAUUAUUUUCGAUGGAAAAAGCGGGAAAAGAGAAAUUUUUGGGUUAAGCGGAGAGAAUCUGUUCUGUUUUGAUUAACAGCAAUUUCAGCGAACAGUUGUGUUGCGGAACAGCCGUCAGCAUAACGCGUCUCGCCAGACAAAAACCUCAGAUUGCCAACAAAAAUCUUCUCGACAUCGGUUCCCUUGCACUUUUUUUUUUAUUUGAGACGAAACGUCGGCUUUUUGUUGUUUUUCAAAAAAGGACAUUUAAUUUGUUGAUCUUUCGAAAAAAUUUCUUUGAAAAGUUUUAUAAGCGUUUUUUUCUAUCUAUUUCCAAUCAAAUGUAUCAUUCAAACAUGUUCAUCCCUAUUGGAAGCUAGAAAAAGAUUUGAAGAUCUUUUGCAGCCAUCUGCUUCUCCUUCAACAUGUCUUUCAGUAAGCAGGUUCUUUUUAAAAGUUGAUUCUGAGAAACUUUUUAUUUCAAAAAUGAUCGUGAGAGAAGUUCCUGAUUUACUGAAAGCAGCUCUCUUACAUUGAUUUUAACGAGUGAGUAAGCAAGCCAGGAAUUCUCUCAUUGGUCAACUUUGGAAAGUAAUGAAUAUAUAUAUAUCUGAUUUAUCAAUUUCAGAAUUUUCCAACAAAUCCGGUGCUUAAUACUAUGCUCACUGAGAAGCUGCACACAGACUUCAGUCUAAGAGCCGAAGGAGAAUCGAUAGAAGUUCACAAGGCCGUACUGGCUGCCAGGUUUUUAUUUUUAUUUUUAUUUUUUUUUUAUUUUUUGAAUAUCAGAGUAUUCACUACCGGGAAAACUGAUAGUUUCCAUUGAAAAAAAAACUCUGAAAAAGAUAGUCAUUUUACUUUGCGCAAGGAAAUUUCCUGAAAAUCGAGCAGAAUGAUUACUGAUGUACCAAAAAAAGAUUUUGAGAGUCAACCUUAACUUGCCCAACUUUCUAGGGGGGGAACUAUCAGUAUCUUUUCCGGGUACGUGGAAGAGAUUUCUAGCCAAUUUUUUAGAAAAGUCCCAGCCGCAAUUAAAAUGACCUUCCUCCUGAAAAAAAUUCCGUUCUUGACGUAUUUUAAUCUAUGUUUCUCAGGUCUCCAGUACUUCGGGCAAUGCUCUCGCACGAAAAUUCGAAAGAGGUUCAAGCGGUGAGCUCGAUUGAAGCCAUAUUCAGUUUUUUUUUUUUUAGAAAUUAGAAAACUUAUCCAUUUUCUCAAAGAACUAUCCUGAGGUUUUUUUCAGUCGGUUUUGGAAAUGGAAGACGUAGAGUUUGCCGUCGUACAGCAGUUCGUAGAUUACAUUUAUCGCGCAAAGCUCCCUUCUGAAGAGCCGAUGGUGAAAAAAUUGCUCGCCAUGGCCGAAAAGUACCAAGUGAACGAACUGAAAACGGAGUGCCAAAAUCGGCUCGUCCAAGGCUUGACCUACGGAAAUGCUUGCUUUUUGGCUGUGCUGGCCGAUUUUUACGAUUGCAGUCUUCUACGCUCUAAAGCUCUUCAGGUACCAUUUUUGUAGAAAAGUUUCUGAAAAUAAAAUGAUUAAAAUUUUUAUUUUUUCAGACGUAAAAAGGAUAGCAAAUAAAGCUCACUCGAAAAUUACAAAUUUUUCCCAGAAAUGUAGAAACCUAUUAUUCUCAGUUUUUUUUUAUUACUUAAUUUACAUAUCCAGGAUUUUUCGAUUUUUUGAUUUAAGCUUAUCGCCGAGAGCUUUGACGACCUCACUAGCACUGAAGGAUGGGAAUCGUUUGCGCAAAAACCUCAACUUGUGACGGACGUUUUUGUCAUUAUAUUCAACAUGAGGUUCCCAGUUCCAUGAAAAAACUUCAAUUUCGAUUUAUUUUUAGAAAGAACGGGGUCAAGCAAUUGGUAACCUUCACGAUACCUGGCUCUCCCCAAUUUACACAUACUUUACAGAAUCGCUAUUAA